CCCAACGAAAUGAAACUUUCUGCGCUCGUCAACGAGGCCCGCCGCCAGUCGAAGCUUGGAACACAACGCUUGAUCGCCUGUGCAACUGGCCGUGUAUUCAGAGGCGUCAAGGAUCCUCCCAGUCCAGCAUAGACCGCCGUGUCGUCAUGACGUUGCAUAAUACCGUAUAACGGCGGAAUUAAAUUUCUCUCAAUUUCCGCUCACUUGUGGCGUCUCGCGGGCCCUUUCAGCGGUGUACAUUUCAUUCACGCAUCGAUCGCACCUGUCAAUCUUGUGACGUCACAAGCGUCUAGUCUCGGGGGCGGGGCUAAUAGUUUGAUUUCGUACCGGCAUAGUACACCAUAUCACCUGGUCUGUACAAGAAGAGGGGAUAAGAACUUCUUGAAGCUUUUUCUUGUUUCUCUGUGGAUUAUAUGCUACGAGUGCGGACCACAAGUUUGUCGAUUUCUGUGUGUUUUGAGAAUAAGCCAUCUUAGCACGUGGAUACGAAUUCGGGAAAGUUUGUCAAGUUGAACAAGUUUGUUCAUUCAUGGAUAUGUCAGCAGUGUGUCUGCAUUGCUCGUGAUUUUCACUGUGGAUUAUAACUUAAAUUCUCAAGUUCUGUCUAAAGUUACUUCAUCAUGGCGACUUGUGGGGCAGACACUCAACCCUCUAGCCCCCCGGGACGGUCCGGUCUCCCCCCUAGCCCCGUGGGUGGGGCUGUUGGAGGGGAGGAACCGUCACCCUCUCUGAGGCCCCGUCUAGGAAUCAGCGGCGUGGAACCUGGUAAACAAUGUUCUAACUGUGCUGAUAAGUGUCCCGGCUUCGCUCUGCAUUAUUGGAGAAAAAUAUGCAGACACUGCAAAUGUCCUCCCGAAGCACAUGACAUGGCGACUGGUGGCGAGCAAGAACGUACCCUUAACAGACUCAUCCAUGACGUGAAGAGAAACUCUACCAGCGAUGAUGACAGCGGCUGUCCACUUGAAGAGUAUGCCUGGGUACCGACUGGGCUCAAACCGGAACAGAUUCACCAGUACUUCAAUGGGAUCCCAGAUGGGAAGGUGCCUUACCUCAACAGUGCCGGGGAGAAGUACCGUGUGCGGCAACUACUGCAACAACUGCCGCCUCAUGACAACGAGGUGCGCUACUGCAAUGUGUUGACGGAGGAGGAGAAGCAUGAGCUACGGAUGUUCUCUGCUCAGCGCAAACGGGAGGCACUCGGGCGGGGUACCGUCAGGCCCCUCCCUCUCACCAUGCAAGGAACUGCAUGUACUCAGUGUGAGUGCACUGUUCCUGGUGGGGACAUGGCAGUGUUUGCCUCACGUGCUGGGGCCGACAAGUGCUGGCACCCAGGAUGUUUCGUGUGUCACACUUGCGGUGAGCUUCUUGUCGACCUCAUCUACUUCUUCGCUGAAGGUGAACUUUACUGUGGACGUCACCAUGCCGAGAUGCUCAAACCUAGAUGUGCAGCAUGUGAUGAGAUCAUCUUCGCAGACGAGUGUACGGAGGCUGAAGGUAGAAGCUGGCACAUGAAGCACUUCUGCUGUUUCGAGUGUGACACCAUGUUAGGUGGUCAACGCUACAUCAUGCGAGAAGGGCGGCCAUAUUGUUGUGCAUGCUUCGAGCGGAUGUUUGCGGAAUAUUGUGACACUUGCGGUGAACACAUCGGUGUUGAUCAAGGACAAAUGACCCAUGAAGGUCAGCACUGGCAUGCAACAGAUCAGUGCUUCAAAUGCCACACAUGUCAAAAGUCUUUGCUAGGACAACCGUUUUUACCCAAACAUGGUGUUAUUUACUGCUCUGCUGCGUGUAGCCGAGCGGGUUCUAUGCAGACUCAGACUCCACGACGACCCGAAGAUUACCUUCAAGAGUUGCAGGCUGUUAGAGUAGGCUCCCCUGUCAGCCACGUGCUUCUAGAAGGAAAUAAGGACAUUCAUGAAGUGCUGCGACAACAGUAUACCAUCAAUGACAGCUACCCAUCAUCGGACAGGGAUCAGGGCUACGCUACAAGCAGCAACAGCGAGGUGUAUGCACCGGGUCUCUAUGAGGCGCCCCAACAAAGCGUCCCCUUUACUGACCCCGAGGCUGUGUAUCAUCUGAACCUCGAUGGCCUCAUUGAUGGUCUUCCUUGCCAGGAAGCCAAGAAACGUAACAGACUGUCACAAUUCUCAAUGCCCGACUUAACAAAAGAACCGGACACCCCUGGAUCAGACAAGAGUAACCUCAGCUCAAGGAGUAGGAGUCGGUCAGGGUCCGAGAAGAAUGUGAGCGUUCACUACGCUUCUAUCAAUCCUCAGCGAGAGAGGAUACCCCCUUGUCCCCCUGAAACCCCACCCACCAUCGGUUGUGAGCGUCUAGAGAGUGAUAAUGGUUACGCCGUUCCCCACGGUCACCAACAACACCAUCAUCACAACCAUCAUCACCACCACCAUCACCAUCAUGGCCAGCAGCAACCACCGUCACACCGGUCUUUCCCCGAGCUCCCCAACAUCCGACAGAUUGGGCGUCGUGGAGCUGCGGCAAUACCUCUUCCUGAUGAACACAAGAUGAACCCCAUUUCUCGCCCACCAACAGGAGCUCGGCCUCACAGCAGCGGCGCCAACAACUCAGGCUAUCCCCGCAGCCGCAGCUUCGAGGGACGCCCGGGAAAUUCCUACUAUUCUGAACCACGUGGAGCAACUGGGGGAUUCAAUGGCCGCCCUCCUUCAAUGGAAAGUUCAGUAUUGGACAGAUUUGAUCGGUUCCCAUAUGAGGAUGAUCGGUGUAGCACAUGCUCUAGUUCUAGUGACUCAGAUGAUUAUUAUUACUAUUAUGAUUCUCCACGGAGACAAGGACCGGGACCACGUAUAUCUUAUGUGGAUGACAUGGGUAUUGGACCCCAAGGUCGUGCAAGGACUAUGAACACUAGGGGCCGCCACAAGAACAAGAACAAGCAGUGUGUUAUAAGCUAGGUGUGAACAAUCUUGACUGUAUAUUGAUAAACUUAAGCAUUAUUUAUCUUCCAGUAUGCUAGUGCUGCCAUAUUGGGUCUUGUGUUGUGACAUCAGUGAGUUGUUUCGGAACAUGUACAGCAGGGUAGUGGAUAGGAGUGGUGGGAGGUACAGACUAUUUUCCUAAAAUCUCGAUCAGGCAGAGGAAAUAGCAACAGAAUACAUGUGUGAUAAAUCUUUAUAAAUUUCUGCAUGUUGAAUCGGGAAUGCAUGAAAAUCUUCUCGAAUCAAAACUUGUCUUCAUAAGUUUUUCACAAUAUUCCAUGUGCUAAUUCCUAUAUUUGUAUUAUUGGAGAUCCAACAACUGAAAGAUUAAUAUAUUUGCCCAUGUUGUAAAUAUAUUAUCUUAAGUCGUUAUUGUGCUGAAAUUGUGAUUUUGAAUUUCAUCCAAAUACUUAAUCUAAAUCUGCCAAUGUUUUUCAUAACUGCAUGUUAGUCACAAUAAAUGCUGCAGGGAAUUGAAGGGUGUAAUAAAUGGGAAGAAAAAUAUAGUCAUAACUGAUUAUGUUUACAAUUUUUUAUAUAAAAGUUACAUUUUUGAAUUCCUUGCAGAUCAGUUAUGACAUUGUGAUUUUGUCUUCCUUUUCAGAAUACAAAAUAUGAAUUGAAAAUGUAUAAUUUUUACAAUGUGUUGAGAAGAGCUAGUUUUGAAUCUCUUAAUCCCCCAUACAUACUUGAACCUGUUUUGGUAACAGAGCUUCCAUAUUAUAUCUCCAUUUACUGAAGAAGUCACUUGUUGAUGUGCAAUACAGGGUUAUCUCCCUUCGUCUUCUGCUGCCUAUGAAUGCCAACUAUCUUGUAUGUAUGUAUAUAAGUGAAGUAGUGUUGGUUUUCAUGAUAUUUUGUCAAACAACAGCAUUUGAUAUUGAGAUAUUGUUUAUUAUGUCAAUAUAUAAUGUGACCAUUCUGUUAUUGAAAAGCAAUUUUGUAUUAGAAAACCCCUUUUAAUAAACCUGUACUUCAUAGGGAUGUACUGACAUGAUAAAAUACAUUUGUUUAUUUCACCUUCAAAACACUAUUUGAAAUAUUUUAAGCAAAAUCUGAAACAUUUCCAGCAGAUUAUGUUAUAUUAAGAGCAUUUGAAAUAUUUUAAAUAGGUGGGUAGGCCAUUACCCCUGUGUCUUCAAAAGUUUUUAAAUUGUUUUUGGGAAGUGUUAUUGUUGAAGGUUCUCAUUGUGAAGGGAUCCUGUUUAAAUGAAAUUCUUAUAAAUAGACAGAUAUUUUCGACUGUGAUAGUUGCCUUGAUGAAUUAUAUAUUUUUAGCUUGCUGGUGUUUUUUGUGUCAGUUACCAAAUAUUUCUUUUUUAAGUAUAUUUCAACCUUGUAAACAGUAGAAAUCUCUGUCAUACCCCAAAAUUUCCAAGUACUGAAAAUGUAAAAUAGACUUUUUUAACCUGGAUUAUGAAGCAACUGAGAAACUUUAUUAUUAUGAGCGGACAUUGUUUCAUUUACCAAAACCAUUUAACAUUUAGUUAGGGUAAAAUAAAAGCUUUAGAAAUAAUGCUUGAAUUAUUUGAGUUAAUUUCAUAAUCCAGUAAAACAAUGUUUGAUAAUGCAUGGUUGGCAUGAUGCAUGUUUUACUGUAGACAGAAAAAAAGGUAUUUUAUAAGCAUGAUGUAUAUCAUGGAUGAUUUUUUCCUCAUACCAGUUCUUCCAAAUUGCAAAGCAAGACUGUCAUGUAUCUUGUAUACUGAUGUAAUUUUAAAGAGAAUUAAUUACAAUAUCACUAUCAAAUUGUUAUGGUAUAUUUUCAUGUAAUGUAUAAGGUCUGUAUAGAAAAUCUUCUCUCUCUCGUUUUGGGGUAUUCAAGGCUAUUGUUCAAUAAUAAUUAUUAUGAUUAUGAUUACCCUCUCAGUAUAUAUAGUAUACUUCAUCGGACAACAACAGUUAAGUUACCUGCACUUGUUUUCUAAAAUCUGUUCAAGAAUGGUUCAAGGUUGAAACUGAAACGAGAAUCAUAAGAUUUUUGUGUUUAUAUUUUUUAGGAUGAGAAUACAGAUGUAUCUUUGAAAUGACUUACAGUUCUUCCAGACCUUGUUUGUAGCUGAAAUGUAAGAGAUCACCAAAGUAUCUUGCAUGUUGAAUGAUACCCAUAUGUUGUAGUUGAUGUUAUCAACAUGAAUUAUUAUGAAAUAAAGUUACCUGAUUUUCACAAA